AAACACUGCAGACAUGUAAAAUGGCGGUGAGUUCCGUGUUACCGACGUAUCAGCGCUACAUAAAUGGCGCUCCUGUUACUUCCUCUGGGAGGAAAACUCUUCGUUUACGAGAGAAAUAUAUAGUGCUUCUUGUGCUUGGUACAUUUGUUGCAGUGUGUAUCGGUACUUUCUUUUUUCUUCCCGAAUUGAGGUCGAGUUCUAUCAACACUGCAUAUCGUCACAUACGAGAUGCAGGUUCAGACUUAUUAUUACCUCCACCACCACAUUAUCAUGACGGUGGAAAUCUUAUUCGACACCACGAUGUAAAUAAUAUAGAUCCUCAUAAAGUAGUUGAUAGAGCUAAAUUAAUUUUAAAAAUUCAGGAAGACCUCGAGAGAGAGAGGCAGAAAAAUUUAAAAGAAAACAUGGACAAAGCACAGCUAGAAAAUCCUUUAGUUAAAAAUAAUAAGUUAAUAAGUGGUAGUUCAACGAAAUCCCAUAAUGGAGAUUUAUUACCCCAAGACCAAUGGAUAAACAAUGUUGCUCAAAUGCCAAUGACUAUACAGAAAAAUGAUUUUGCUGCCUCUGAAUUAAACGAUAUCGUCAGGGAUCAUGCAGGAGGGCCUGGAACUAGAGGGGGCGAACCGACUGAUCUUGAUAUUCGUGAGAAAAGGAAUAAAAUAAAAGAAAUGAUGAAACAUGCUUGGGACAACUACGUGCAAUAUGCCUGGGGGCAGAACGAGCUGCGGCCCCUAUCAAAGCGUGGGCAUUCUGCGGGAAUAUUUGGUAAGACCGCUCUGGGAGCGACGAUUGUCGAUGGCCUCAACACUCUAUAUAUUAUGGAACUGUAUGAUGAUUAUCAGAAAGGAAGAGACUGGAUUGCUGCCAACCUGAAUUUCGAUCAAGGGAAUUCUGAAGUAUCUGUGUUUGAAACAAAUAUACGGUUUAUUGGAGGAUUACUAUCGUGUUAUGCCAUGACUGGGGAUGUGAUGUUUAAAGAGAAAGCUGACCAAGUGGCUCAGAAAUUGCUGCCUGCCUUCAACACACCUACUGGGAUACCAUAUGCGAUAGUAAACUUGAAAAGUGGUGCGAGUAAAAAUUAUGCAUGGGCCUCAAGUUCCAGUUCCAUCCUCGCAGAAUUUGGAACUUUGCAUUUGGAAUUUACAUACCUCAGUGAUAUAACAGGCAAUCCCAUUUACAGAGAAAAGGUCAACCAUAUCCGUGAUGUGCUCGCAAAAAUGGACAGACCCCAGGGUCUUUUCCCUAAUUACCUGAAUCCUAAAACAGGUCGAUGGGGACAGCAUCACAUGUCUAUGGGAGCUCUUGGUGACAGCUUUUAUGAAUAUCUCCUAAAAUCCUGGAUCCAGUCCAAUGGCGAGGAUAUGCAAGCUUUGCAGAUGCUUCAGGAGUUAGUUGAAGGUAUAAACGAUAAACUGGUGCAAACAUCUAAAAGUGGGUUGAAGUAUUUAGCAGAUUUAAAGUAUGACAAAAUUGAACAUAAAAUGGACCAUCUAGCAUGUUUCUCUGGUGGUUUCUUUGCCAUGGGUUCUGAAUACAUGCCACCAAACAGAAGGGAUUAUUACUUACAAUUAGGAAAAGAUUUAACCCAUACAUGUCAUGAAGCCUAUGACAGAACAGCAACAAAGAUUGGCCCAGAAUCUUUCCGUUUCUCAGAUGCGAGUGAAGCGAGAGCCCUGAAGCAAAAUGAGAAGUACUACAUCCAGCGACCAGAAGUGAUUGAAAGUUACUUUAUUCUUUGGAGAGUGACCAAAGACCCAAAGUACAGGCAGUGGGGCUGGGAAGCAGCACAGGCCAUCGACAAACACUGCCGUGUGGAUGGCGGCUUCACAGGUCUGAAAAAUGUGUACAUGAUAGACAGUGCAAAGGAUGACGUUCAGCAGAGUUUCUUCCUGGCAGAGACACUUAAGUAUCUGUACCUUCUUUUCUCCGAGGAUGACCUAAUACCCUUGGACAUCUGGGUACUGAACACUGAAGCCCAUCCAUUGCCAAUUAAGGGGAAAAACCCAGCUUACAAAAUAGUCAGCUGAUAUUCCAAUAUCUCUGAUGCCAUGGAUCGGCCAAAUUUAAGAAAAACCAAUCAGUAAACUGCUUUUUAUCCUAGAGAAUGUUUUCAGAAUUAUUCAAAUUGUCAAUUUAUUUUAAAUUGAAAAUUUUAUGGAAGGUAAUUUAUGAAUACAGUAGAAUGAUAUAGGUCUUGUUAAAUUAUUAGCAUUGCCGCCGAUUGCGUAUCAUGUAUUUUUGUAGAACUGAAUUUUGCGUUGUUGAUUCUUCAGAUGUGUAUUUUUCUUCUGUACAUUUCCAUUCUGAAUCUUCUGUAUGCUAGAUUUUUAUUUCAAUAAGGUGUCAUUUUUUUCCAUUUAUUGUGAAACUAUUGUGCAAUCAAUGAUAAUUCAUUGAUGGUGCUAAAAUGUGAUACCCUAAAUAUGUUUUAUUGAUGUUAGUUUAAAACUGCAUAUAAUGUUAUAAUCUUAUAUGAGGGUGAUUUACAUUAUGCUCAAAGUGUCACAAUUGUCAUAGGCACAGCUUAUAUUUGAAAUUACUUUAUAUUUUAUUCAUAUGUAAUACUGCUAACUCUCUGGGUUUCAUCGGGAAAUUCUCAGCUUUUCCUGUCAUUUCUCGGUAGAUCACUAAAUUUCACAUAUUUUGUUUUGAUCCUUUACUAAGAAAGAUGCUUCUGAGCAGUAGAUUAAAUUUAAAUAGUGUAAAUGAUAAAUUAAAUUCCGUCUUCCCACCUAUGGUGAUUUUGAAUAUAAUUUUUCUCAUUAAAAUUUAUUUAAUCUGAAUUAUCUAAUUCAGUUAAUAUUUCUAUAUACAUUAGAUCAGUAUACAUCCUAGUCACAAAAUCCGUACCCAGGCCUUAUUUUUGCUACCAUUAAUUGUAAAGUGUUUUAAAUAAUGCAAGGAUUCUUUUAUUAUUAUUAUUUGAAGUAAUCAAUUUUUAAAAAUUACGAAAUCUAACUUUUUGCAUGUUUCUGUGGUCUAUUUACUUAUAUUUAGGGUAAUGUUAUACUUCCUUUUAAAAAUUAAAACACACUUGACUUCCCUACAAUAAAAAUCGUCCAAGAUAUUUCAUUUCAAAUUUUGCUAUUUCUAAUGUAAUAUUCAGUUUCUAUAGAGGGGUUGGUUAAUAAAUAAGUUAGAAGAAUUCCAGGUUGAUAAUUUUUUUCAGAUUAAGUACUAUUCAAUAAUGUGAUUUGAUAGUGUCUUUAAGGGGUGUUGGAACCCCCUAUACAGACAAUAUUAAAUUGGCCAUUUUCGAUGUACCUUUUCUCAAAAUCUGCUGAAGACACAUGCUUGAAAUUUAACACCUUUCUCAAAAAAAAAAAAAAAAAAAUAUUUUGUAAUCACAAAAAGCUGAUUUCAGUAUAUAUUAGGGAACAUAAUAAAUAUAUGUAUCUGUGAGCAGUAGUUCCUGAGAAAAGGUACAUCGAGUGUAAAAAUAUUAUGUUUGGAGAAAAACGUAUUUUUUGUGUUCGAUGAUAAAUUAAAACUAGAUUUAUAG